AACGACCCCAGCUUUCACAAUAAACAAGCAUGUCAAUGAAAAUGACAGUUAGUUAAGUGACGUUUGUUCCGUACAGCUGAUUUAUUCCUAUCAACAAACACGAUGUCCGGGCAGCAUAGAAAUGUAUGGGGGAUUGUAUUAAGAAAUUUUAUCAACUCGUUCAGACCGCGCCAACUGAGAGGAAAUCAUAUGGGCAAAGAUUACAUUGGAAAUAUUUACUAUGAAAUCCCGGCAGAUCCUAGUGUUGGUAAGAGGAAACCCACAAGAUGGUAUGACCCAGCAAAAGGACUGGACUUUCAAGACCCCAUACCUGCAGAAUGGGAAGCAUGGUUGAGGAUGAGAAGACCAGAACCGCCUACAGAGGAAGAAGUAGCAAAGAAUGUUGCCAUAGCUCAAAUGAAGAAAGUAAAUGCUGCGAAAAUUGAACAAAAGAGGUUGGCAGAAGGAGGAUCUCUACCAUCAGUACCAGACAGGGGACCCAAUUCAUUUCCUACCUAUGCCGAAUACACACCCGGAGAUGCAGAAAACAAAAGCAACCGUUAAAUACCAUUUUAAAAACGAAAUUGAUCAUGAGAUAUAUAUUUUUGAAUGCUGUUAGUAGAAAGGAAUAUCAAAUGGCGUAGCAUUGCGCCAAUUUAAUGUAAAAGUUCAUGUGCAAUGGAUUAACAACAACAUUGUCCCAUUUUAAUUCGAGAUUCCCAAAAGUUAAAUUCAUAUAAGUUCAUAAAAGAUAUGAUAAAAAACCCUUGCAAUAGAACUUUUACGUUUGGUCAAGUAUCUAAUUUCACCAAAUGUUAAAUUUUCAUAUUUUUUGUUUUAGCUAGUUAGAACUAGAUUUAAUUAGUGCAACCAGACCUCAUUAUUGUUACUUAAUUCGCUACUUAUAAGUGAUAUAAGUAGGUAGGAUCAUAUUUUUACUUUAAAAAAUAUGUGAAAAUGUAUAAAAAUAUUUUUUGUUGUAACAUCUUGUUGACUGUGAUUCUUAGUGGUUAGUAAAUUAUGCAG